GCUUGUCUCCUUUUUAUAUCAUGGAGGCAUGAAUGAAACGCCGCAAAGUGCUUUACGCGAAGCAUCGACCAAAAGUGCUGUAGUAAAUUCGCGAAUAUUCAAUGUGAGUCGCGAGUUAGUGUUCUGUGUACUAUGUAUUACUUAGACGUUUCUCUAGAACUUCCACAUUGUUCCAACCUCGAGGUAUCACAGGUUUAUUUGAAGAAAAACAUUCUUCAAUCCUUAAGGCAAUUAUUUGGGGAGGAAGGAACUAAGUAUACCAUUGAUAUUCUGAAGUAUAAUCCAAAGGAUCGCAGAUUUAUUUUACGGUGUCCGGACGAUUGUUACAUACGUUUAAGAGCUGCCUUAACUCUGGCUGUAAAAUACGAAGGAGAAUUGUGCACUUAUACAAUUCAUCGUGCCUCGUUUAAUUUAUUAUCAUUUACUGCCAAUAGUAGAACUUACCAGCAUUAAAGAAUAAAAAACUAGAAAAAUUCAUAUUUGGAAUAAGGUAACUCAUUCGUGCCUUUGUUUUAAGGAAAAUAUCAUACAUUUUUUGUAUGUUUAUAUCGAUCAACUAUGUCGCUAACACAUAAAGAAGGAAAAGAUACUAUAAUAUUCGCAUCAAAAGAAGACCAUGCGACACCUAGUACAAUAGAACUUCCAGAACCAGAACCAAGUCCUGGUCUCUUGUUACCCAAUGGAGAGAUUAACUGGAACUGUCCUUGUCUGGGUGGUAUGGCUACAGGGCCGUGUGGCUUAGAGUUCAGAGAAGCCUUUUCUUGUUUCCACUACUCUACCGCGGAAACGAAAGGUUCCGAUUGCUACGAAGCAUUUAAAACGAUGCAAGUAUGCAUGACCCAGUAUCCUGCGCUAUAUGGAAGUAAAGAUACGAAUCUAGAUGACAUUGACGAAGACAUGGAAGACGAAGAACACGAAAAAAAUACAAAGGCCAGUAGUGGCACGCACGAACAAUUAGAACCAAAGAAGGAAGAAAGAACAGACUCCUCUAGUACUAAAAAUAAAGUAGAACGAAGUAACGUUAAUUGAAUAAGGUUCGUCUUGCCAGUGAACAAGUAAUACAAUGCAAUCCUGUCACAAGGCAUCUAGAGAAUAUUUUUACUGGGACUUAACGAAACAGGAUCUCUGUAAUCCUUACAAAGAAUAGGUUGUAUGGAAAAGUAUGUUGGAAAAAAUAAAGUAUUCGUAAAUAUUGUUA